UAGUCAUUGGGGAAACAUGGCUUCUCACAGUAGUAAAGUAUUUCUGUGCUUAGCUAGAGCUCAUGUCCGUGGACCUGGACUUCAGGGAACUCUGAACAGAGUCACGUACUCUACGGCUCCGUCUGUAAACCGUGCUGCUGGAAACAGAGACAGAGGCGGUAAAGGACCCUUUGUCAGAAAACCCAGGAGAGAAGCCGGGGAGCCCAGGACAGAGAAGAUGUCGGUGGAUCAGGACUGGACUGCAGUUUAUCCAUCAGCUACGCCCUUCAGAUCCAACACUGUUCCCCUGCCUGUGAGGAUGGGCUACCCCGUGAAGAGAGGCGUUCCUCCAGAGAAGAAAGGCAACCUGGAGCUCAUCAAGAUACCCAACUUUCUGCAUUUGACACCAGCGGCCAUCAAGAAACAUUGUGAAGCUCUGAAACCGUUCUGUACCGAGUGGCCGUCGGCCUUGGACACAGACGCCAAAUGUGACGAGCACUUCCCUGUUAAGGUGGAAAGCACAGACUACCUGUCUGCUGGUCUGACGGUUAGAAACCCUGCAGCUCGCAUUGUUCAUCUCAAAAUAAAGAUGUCCAGUUUGAAUCUCGACGACCACGCACGCAAGAAAAUGCUCAAACUUGUUGGGAAGAGAUACUGCAAAGCCUCUGACGUGCUCACCAUCUCAACUGACAGCUGUCCACUGAGGAAACAGAAUUUGGAAUAUGCCACAUACCUGCUGACUGUCCUUUACCACGAGUCGUGGAAAACAGAAGCCUGGGAGGCUGAGAAGACUGUGGCAGACAUGGAGGAAUACAGCUGGGAGGGCAGCCAGUCCCAGAGGAAUAUCUUGGAUACGCUAGUGCGCAUGAAGGUGGCCGGGGAAGGAGAGGGCGAGGAGGUGCGAGAGCAACUGCUGGGAAGAAGAGAGGUGCAGGAGUAUAAGGACUCGGUCGAGAGGCUGAAGAAUGAAGGAGACAGCGAGAUCACCAUGCUUCAGUACAAAGAUGCCGUCAAGAAAGUAUUCAACCUGUGAUGCAGAUUUAUCUAAUAGUGAAUUUACAUGGAAACAGUGACCAAGGGCAACAGGGAACCUGUGACAGGAUCAACCAAACAUUUUAGACUCCAUCAUCUACCUGUAACACAAAGAUGACAGUAGAUCAUUACUAUUCCAUUAUACAUCAGGAUAUUUCAGCCUAAUUUCUCGACUGAACAUUCAAAUCAUGUGAGGGAUGCUGUCCGUCUUACAAAAAUAAAAGUGAUGAAUGCUAA